AUGGAGAAUGAAGAGGGUUACACAGUACUUCAUUUCAAAGCAAGGAAGAAAAGCUCCAAUGCAGAACUUUCCUCUAAUUCUUCAGGCUUGCGGUAUCUUGCUGCUGUCUCAGGAUUUCUGAAUGUUGUGUUUCUGGGAGCUGUGAUCGCAUUAAUUCAUCAAUGUGACUUGCUAUCAAGUGACGUGUGGAAGCCCAGAGAAAAUCUUUCUGGAAGUGACAGUAUCUUUGAGGAAGAUCUUCACAUAAACAGCUUACUGACUACAUUAAAGGAAAGCUUAUGCAUACAUACAAAUGACUCCAGAUGUGAACUCUGCCCCGUUGGAUGGAAGCUGCAUUAUGGGAGAUGUUAUUUCUACUCAGAAACUCGUGAAACCUGGGACAACAGUAGAAACUACUGCUCAGGAAAAAAAUCUGAGCUCCUGGUUAUAGAGGAUGAGACUGAAAUGGAUUUCUUAAACAAACUGAAGGAAAAAGACAUUGGCUUUGUUUGGACUGGAUUAAACUUUGAUGAGGAAGAAGGAAGAUGGCUAUGGCUCAAAGAUCCCAACCAUCCAGGGCGCAGUUUUACAGUAAAAGGAAGGAAUAAAGAAGAAAAAUGUGCUGUCUAUAAGUUGACAGAAAUGCACGCUGAUAAUUGCCACUCCCUGUACAAGUGGAUUUGCAAGAAGAGUGCAGUCUUUCUGGGUAUCUAA